AUGAGCAAAGACAACGCAAGCUCGGCCCAUGCGGACUUAAAAAACGAAGUUUAUGUCGAUGUUGAGAAAGUGACUCCCGGGUGCACUUUAAAAACAACAAAAUCAUUAGUGAUUCGCAAGACGGAAAUAAUGGCGGCUCAGUAUGACCGCUGGUACCACCAUGCAAUAAUACUUUUUUCCGCGUUUAUAUGUGGAUACGGCUACGGACUUGAUGGCAGUGUCCGUUAUGUCUACACGAGCUAUGCGGUUUCUUCAUACUCUGACCAUCCCUUGAUAUCAACAAUUACAGUAGUUACUGCAAUUAUCAGUGCAGCUUCUCAGAUCGUAUUUGCUAGACUGUCUGAUGUGUUUGGCAGAUUAUCGCUGUUUAUUACAGCUCUUUUGUUUUAUGCGGUUGGUACAAUCAUUCAAAGUCAAGCUACAGAUGUCCAGAAGUACGCUGCAGGAGCUAUUUUCUGGAGCACAGGAUAUGUUGGUCUUUUGCUGAUAUUAAUUUUAAUUUUGUCAGACUUUUCAUCUUUGAGGUGGCGUUUGGUUUACCAAUUUGCGCCUUCGUGGCCUUACAUCAUAAACACAUGGUUUGCUGGUACUGUAACAGCCCGCGCGAACCCACAAGAGCACUGGUCAUGGGAUAUUGCAAUGUGGGCUUUUAUUGUUCCACUAUCGGCGCUUCCAAUGAUAUUCUGUAUGCUGCAUAUGAGGUUUAAAGCAAGAAAGACUGAACAGUGGGCUGCCAUCAAAGAUGAAAAGAGUUUCUUUCAAAGCCACGGUCUUAUUAGGACAUUAGUUGAGCUCUUCUGGAAGUUGGACAUUGUUGGUGUUUUAUUGAUGACUAUUUCUGUGGGGUGCAUAUUAGCACCUUUGACCCUAGCAGGCGGGGUCAAAUCAAAAUGGUCUAAUCCUCAUUUGAUUGGCCCUCUCGUUCUGGGGUUUGUCCUUCUACCUCUUUUUAUGAUAUGGGAGAGCAAAGCAGCGAAGUACCCAGUUGUACCAUACGGUCUCAUCAAGGACCGCGCAGUCUGGGGUGCGCUGGGCUGUCAAUUUCUAAUUGGUUUCAUUUACAAUGCUGUGGCAGGGUACAUUUACACCAUACUUAUUGUCGCGGUGAACGAAUCUGUAAAGUCGGCUACAGUUAUAUCCUCUCUGUCGAGUUUUGUAUCCACAGUUGCUUCCACUUUCUUUUCGCUAUACAUUACAAGAUGCACCAAGCUCAAGGGCUACAUUAUUGGAGGAUGUGGCAUUUGGAUGCUUGCCAUGGGACUUUUUUAUCACUAUAGGGGCGGCGAGUUUGCCCAUUCUGGAAUUGUUGGAGCGAUGGUCAUAUGGGGUCUCGGUGACACUCUACUAAUUUAUCCCACUACAAUUUCCGUCCAAUCAGCUACCUCACACGAUAACAUGGCAACCGUUACAGCUCUAAAUUACACACUUUAUCGCAUUGGCUUGGCCACUGGUGCUGCAGUUUCGGGUGCCAUCUGGUCACAGACUUUAUACAAGGCACUGCUUUCUAGACUUCAAAGUGUUGAACAAGCCUCAGCAGCCUAUAGUACACCUUUUGAGUUUAUUCUGACCUACACCUGGGGUACUCCUGAAAGAAACGCUAUGGUAGAUGCCUACAGACAUGUCCAGAGGUAUGAAUCAAUUGUGGCCUUGGUUUUUACCGUGCCCUUGUUAUUUUUUGGGCUUUGCCUAAGGGAUCCUCCAUUGACCGAUAAGGUUGCACAGGAAGAUAUAGAUGAUGGAGAGUUCUUGGACAAAAACCACGAUGAUCCAAUCGCUGAGUGGCUAGUAGGGAAAUACAGGCGUUUAGCAAACAAAAAUUUGUAA